GAGAGUUAAAAGUUUUAUAUUUAAAAACUCAAUUUUUAAACAUUAUUCCAAAAGUUUUCAGAGAUUUCAAAAUACACCCUAAUAGUCAAAUAGUGGCCAUUUGUACCUGAAAAUUGGAAUUUUAGCUUCUGGUUAAUGUGUUUGCUGAAUAUUCAACCGAUUUUAAGAUGAAUAUAGUGAUUCAUCCUGCUCUGAGGUGAAUGUAUCCUAGUAACACUUUUGUUUUGGUUUAUUACACACUGGCAACGUGAAUAUUACUUCAAAACAUAAUCAUAAGAGAACGUAUUGUGUUCAUAAAGUUUUAUAUUAGUCUGGCAAUAAUAAUUUUAAAUACGUUUAAGGAUGGCAACGCCUAGUCCCCCAUCAUCACGUCAAGGACAUCCAAAUCGUAACAACAGACCCAAUCAACUUGUGCCCACCAAAUUUGCUAUUGAUGACAUUAUCACAUCACAAGGGAGUUUACGUAGAGAUGUACUAAAAAACGAUGCUACAAUGCAAGCUGUUCGACAAGAAAAUAUUAUGCUUGCUGAGAAAGUACAACAUGCUGCGAAUUUAUAUAGACAGCUGUUAGGUCGUGUUACCAAAACAGAAGAAAGAAUGGAGAUGGAGCAAAAAUCUAUGACUCAAGUUUUAUCACAAACCAAGCAGGUUGAGUUACAACUUGCCACUCAACAAGAAGGUAUGGUUAACAGAGAAACACAAUUGGUCUUGCGGUUACAGAAAAUCCAAGAAGAUGUUUCCAUAUUGAAGACAGAAAAAGAACUUGCUCGUAAACAAAAUGUGCAACUGUCACAAGAAGUUCGACAACUUCAAGAAAAGGUAGCAAGACAGAGCGGUUCUUUAAGCAAUGGUCUUCAAGAUUUAAAAGCACAUUUAGAUCAGAAGGACUUAGAAAAAUCACAAAUGUUUAACAUGAAUUUUAAUGAACUUCGAGAAAAAGUUGAGACACAGGAGCAUCAAAAAAUUAUGUUUCAAACACAAAUGGAGGGAAUGAUAGAGACAUUGAAAAUGCAAGUUCACCAGUAUGAUAAACAACGUCAAGAAGAUUUAUACAACAUGAGCACAUUAUCUAGGGAAAAGGAAGCGUUAGCAAAAGCUGACAUUCGACGAUUACAAGAAAAAUUUAAGGAUAUUUUUGAAGAAUUUCAUAGAAGUGUGUCAGGUAAAGAUGGAAAGUUGAGGUCUGAUAUACAAGGGCGUGUUGCGGAGCUGGAAAGGAAAUUGAAUUCUCAAUCUAAAAAUACAAUGCAAAGAAUAAAAGAGAUAGAACAGGAAGCUGAAGAUGAAAUACGAACAAUGAAAGAAGCUGUAGAAAGUGAGAUUGAUGAUUUUCGGCAAAAACUUGAGACCGGCUUACAAAAUGAACUUAAUUCUACUGUUCAAGUGGACAAGAUUUUGAAAGUUAUCGAGAAGCAAAUUGGACAAAACAAAAAAGACAUUGAAAAAGUUGUUCGUGCAGAAAUCUCAUCCAGGUUAUCACAAGGUGAAAAGUUGAGUCAUCAACUUAACCAGUUGCAUAAGGAUCACUCAGAUGAAAUAAACAUGCUGCAAGAAGCAAUUGCUGAGAGUAAACGCAAACAAGAUAAUCAAAUUGAAUCUAGCAAGGUUGAACUAACAAGAUUUCUAAAUACUGCUUUAAAAGAAAACAAGUGUUCAUUCGAAGAAAAACGUUUUUGCGAAGUUGAACGUAAAAUAGAUGAAAUUGAAGAUGGUUUAGAUGAAAUGUCCAAACAGGAUGAGAGAAUUGAGUUAAACAGUGAGCGAAUAAAACAAAUGGAAAUGGAGAAUAUACUAGCUCAAGGUGAUAUGCAUAAUGCAAUCGAUGCUAACUCAAAACUUAUUAAACAUGUAGACGAGUCUCUUAAAAAAGAGCUUGAGCUAGAUCGUGAAAAACAAAAACGCCCAUCCACGGCAUUAAAAGAACUAAAAACGUAUACAGAGAGUGUGGUGAAACAACAAGACAUCGUACCUUCGCAGAUACGAUUAUUAGAGAAAAAGUUGAAUUACCUGACUGAUGAUUUUGAAGAGUUUAAAAAAGUGCAAGAUAAAAACAACAGUUUAAUAUCAUCAGAAAAAAUAACAUCACAAAAUAAAAAGAAGCUGAAAGAGGUUGAAGAUCAACUUUAUAAGAUUGCCGAAAAAAUGGCCAUCUUGCAAAAAGUUUUAUCAGCAAAAGUUGAUGAUGAACAUAACAAGGAAAAAGUAAUCAGAAACAAGCCAUCCCAAACACGCUCAAUGCAACAAAAGAUCCAGAAAAAUCUUACCAAUGAUCAGAGAAGAAAAAGCAACACAGAGAUAUUGCAAGGCCAUCCACUGGAAAACUCAACGAACAAGCAGAUAAAAAAGACUCAACUAAUAAAUCCGGUAUUGAGCCAACAGCGUCUGCAGAUAUGUCUAAUGGACAUGCUUCAAAGUAACUUUUUUAUAAAGCAUAAAAUAUCUGUGAGGAAAGCAAUUGAAAUAGAUUUCUUCACAUAUAAUAUAAAUUAUUGGGGCAUAUAUCAAACAUGGAAGAUGUAUAGAAUAAAAAUGCAAUGGUUAAAAUUGUUAACAAGGAAAAUAAGGAAUAAUUAUGAGAAUGAUGAGAAUGACAGUAAGACCGUUGAAAAAAAUGACAGCUGUAAUAGUCAAAACAAUGAUGGCAGAAAUGACAAAUGCACGGAAAGUAAACAUUCUGUAAUGAACAAAGGAGGUAAAACUAUGGAUGGGAAAGAUCAGAACAGAGAUAAAAAGGAUGGCGCUAAAGUUAAGACUGCAAAGAAUGAUGAACAUAAUGAUGACAAUGGAAAAGUUCAAGGGUGCAAGAACCAUGAUGAAGGAAGUGAUAAAGAAAUAUAUGCUAAUAUUGCGAAGGAUGACGAUAAACAAACAAAUGAUGGAGAUGAAGAAGAUGGCAUUGAAGAUGAAAUCACUGAGCAAAGUGAAGAAGCUAACACCGAUGAUAGUAGUGAGGAAGAAGAAAAAGACGGAAAUGAUAAUGAAGAUGUUAGUGAUGAUGUUGGUGAUGGGGAUAAGGAAGACGAUGACGAGGAGGAAGAGGGAAAGGCUGAUGAUAAUGAUAAUGAGUAUGAUGGUGAUGGUGAUAAGGAAGAUGAUAACGAUGACGAGGAGGAGGAGGAGGAACGGGAUGAUGAUAAUGAUGGUGAUGGUGAUAAGGACGAUGAGGACAAUGAUGAAGAGGAUGAGAAGGAAGAGGAUAGUAAUGAUGACGAUGAUGGUGAUGACGAAGAGGAGGAUGGUGAUGACCAGGAGGAGGAUAGUGAUGACGAGGAGGAUGAUGGUGAUGGUGAUGACGAUGACGAGGAGAAUGAUAGUGAUGGUGAUGAUGACGACGAUGACGAAGAGGGUGAUGGUGAUAAUGAUGGUGAUAAUGAUGAUGAUGGUGAAAAGGACGAUGAUGAAGGGGAGGAGCAGAAGGCGGAAGAUAAUGAUGACGAUGAGGGGGAGGAGGAGGAGGAGGAGGAGGAGGAAGAGGAGAAUGAGUGUUAUGUUAAAGAUAAAGAUAAAGAUAAUAAGGAAACUAGCAACAUCAAGAACAACAAACCGGCAAAUUCCGAGUGAAAAUAAAUUGAGAUUUUAGCACAAUGUUGUUAAUUCACUGUCACACAACAAAUGUUUUAAAUCGUCACCUCAAUCAGACUCCUAGGUGGCUAGUCUGAAAAUAGGAGUGUUACAGGUCAUGACUCAAAACUACAAAUCUUAAAGAAACUUUUGUAAACUUAAAUAACUUUAAAUUGUUAUAUAGAAAACUAAUACUAAUGUGUAUUUGCCUGAAUUCGAAAGUGGAUAUGAAAUGCAUAUAUGAUUUAGAUCACCCAUACCAAAA